ACCUGUUCACAUAACCUGCUCGCACAUAUCAAGAACAAAUAAAGGGAAUUAAUUUUGCCUGCUUGCAGUUUGAUCUGACCAAGAUAUUUUCCAGGAAAGAAUUAUCAAGUAAAAAUCUUUACCUGAAAGGGAAGACUCUAAGGCAACAGUUCACUGGAAUCAUGUGGUUCCUUCUAGUGGCAGUACUGGUGGCUCUGAUCUUGGUCUACAGAUGGAACAGACAGAAGAAAAUACUGACAAAUCUCACAGAUAAAUAUGUACUUAUCACAGGCUGUGACUCUGGAUUUGGAAACCUGUUGGCAAGGCAGUUGGACAGACGUGGGGUACAGGUACUUGCAGCCUGUCUGACUCAAAAAGGUGCUGAAGAACUUAAAAAGGAGACAUCAAGUGGACUACAAACUGUCAUCCUGGAUGUUACUGACAGCCAGAGUGUGGCUGCUACUGCUAAAUGGACAUCUCAGAUUGUCCAGGAUAAAGGGCUGUGGGGUUUAGUGAACAAUGCAGGAAUUUUAAUCCCUGUGACCCCCAACGAGUGGUUAAAGAAAGAUGACUUUCGCACAAUAAUUGACGUCAAUCUUCUGGGUAUGGUGGAUGUGACCCUAAGUCUGCUGCCUCUCAUCAGGAAAGCUAAAGGACGUAUAGUCAAUGUGUCAAGCAUAGCAGGGCGAGUGGCAAUAUGUGGAGGUGGCUACUGUAUCUCCAAAUUUGGAGUGGAAGCGUUUUCAGACACUAUCAGACGGGAACUCAAAUACUUUGGUGUGAAAGUUUCUAUCAUUGCACCCGACUUCUUUAAAACAUUAAUUUUAGAUUCUGGAAGACUUCUGGAAAGCAUCAAAAAUAUUUGGAACAAAGUCCCACAAAAUAUCCAAAGCCACUAUGGGGAACAGUAUUUCCAUAAGUAUUGUAAAUUCAUUAAAAAUAUUAGUUCCCUAAGCACAUCCAAACUCACCAUUGUCACUGACUGCAUGGAGCAUGCCCUGUUUGCAGUUCACCCCUGGACACGCUACUCAGCAGGAUGGUAUGCCAAACUCUACUACAUGCCUCUUUCUUACCUCCCAACUUGUAUUGCUGACUUCAUGCUACGCCAUUUCUAAUAAUUCUCAUUACAAUGGUUAACCAACACCAAGAUCUCCUAAU